CUUGCGUAGGCAAAGACGCUUUGGGAGCUGUUGAGCCUUGAGCCUUGAGGGCUUUGUAGUUUGUGACUGCAGUGCACUGUUUGUGCAUUGCGAUUCAAAUAGAGCACAGCGCGAACAUACAGGCUUCUGUCGCGUCAGAGGCGAGCCAAGACUACCACGCAAAAAGGGGCCAUUCAGUCGACGGGGACAACGGCCGGGAAUUGCUUUAGCGUUACGCGCGUCGGGUGCUGGCGCGCACGAUGCUCCUACGAUGGCGCUACAGGUGCAAUUCAUCACAAGCACAAACUACAGGCGCGGCUGGAGUUGCUCGGCUUGGCUGCUUGCAUGCGCGCGGCGCUCCGCCGUUCUCGCGCCAAGGGCUCGCGCGCCGCGCCUGCGCGGCGCUGCCUGACGACAGAGCUGCUAGUGAUGCCGGCGAACAGGGCGAGGGGCCGCAGGGUGCCCCAGGGCCAUUUGGGCUGAGCGGCUGCGACGCGGACGUCGCCCAGCCACCGACGACCGCUGGCCUCCCCGCUGACGGCGCCAGCGCCAGCGAGCAGCUGGCUCGCACCAAACCCUGGAACCCGGCCAACACCGCCGAUUCCUCACCCUCCUCAUCACCCACAUCCAGCUCGGACGCCGCUGACGCGGCGCGUGGCCCCAGCGCGUACCGCGCAGUGCUGGGCGUGCUGGCACGCGGCAGCGAGCCCGCCGCGCCCCAGCCGCCACCUCAGGCCCCCGCGCCCGGCGGCGCCGCCCAUCCCGGCGGCGCCGCUGCACCCACGCCGUACCAGGAGCAAUGGGAGUGGCACGUGUACGAUGCAGAGUGCUUCCAGGUUCUGGACGAGGCUGUGUUGGACACGGCCGCCGCGGGCGCCUUCAUGACUCAACUGGCGCUGGCGGACGCAUGGGGUGAGCCGCUCACCACACACGAGCUGCUCCACGCCGCUCGUGUGGCCGACAUCAGCGGCUUCGCGCUGCCGCCCCUGGUGGCGUCGCAGCUGCAGCGGCUGGUGGCGGCGGCGGGGCCGGCGGCGGCGGCCGUCUCCGCUGAUGCCUUGUUGGCCGUGUACGACCUGCCGGCACUGCUGGAGGUGCUCCACGGGCUGGAGGUGACGCCCUCCGUCGCCUGGACCGACUACGCCCUGCACCGCUGGCUGGGCGACUGCGGCAGUAGCAGCCGCAUCCACACCAGCAGCAGCAGCAGCAGCAGCAGCCGUAGCAGUACCAGCAGCAGCAGCAGGAGGGCCAGUGCCGCGAUGCUGUGUGUGUCGGACGUGCGGCGCGUGAUGGCGCUGCUGGAGUCACUCUACGUGCCGGACGCAGAGCCGCUGGUCGAGCCGCCGCCGCCGGCCGCGCCAACCUCCUCCGCCCUGAUCCUCCCCACCCAGCCGCACCGCGACGUGCUCCCACCCAUCCUCGACGGCGCGCCUGGCCCGCCAUCCCUGCACAUGCACAGCAGCCGGCGGCAGCGGCAGCAUCAGAGCCAGCUGCCGCCCAUCUACCAGUCGGCGGCCCAGCGCGGCGCGCCGCAGGCGGAAAGCUACUUGUCGGCGGCGGUGCGGCGCUGGCUGGACGGAUGCAUUGGCGCGCUGCUGGAUUCGGGCGGGCUGGCGCGAGGGCACCAGCGCGAGGAGCUGUACUGCCUGCUGCCGCAGCUGGCCACCACGCCCUCCGCAGACCUGGUGGAGCGGCUGGCGGCGGAGGCCUGGCCGCCCACACCGCCGCCGCAGGCGCAGCAUCUGCCGCCGUCACUGUCGCGGCCCAGCGACCUGGGUGGUCAUAGUGGUGGCGGUGGUGGUGGUGCAGGUGGGGGUGGUGGCGGGCUGCUGCCGUCUGCGUAUUCGUCGCCCGAGGCCAUCGCCUCGUUCCUGUGGAUUGUGGCCGCGUCAGGCGCUCAGCUGACGCCGGACGCCAUCCAGCGCGAACUGCGCUCCCUGGAGCUGGCGCUGAUGCGGAUGGCGCUGGCGACCGACCGAGGCAGCGGCGGCAGUAGCAGUAGCAGUAGCAGCAGCAGUAGCAAUGGAAACGGCAGUAGCAGUAGCAGGCGGGGAGGGCCUGCGCCGCCGCCCCGCCGCCGGCUUGACGGCAGCUCCCGCGAGCCGCUGGCAGACGCCCGCGCGGUGGCGUCCCUGUCCGCCGCGUUCUCGCUGCCCUCGGCGCCUGAAAGCACCCCGGCAUUCGGCAGUAGCAGCGGCCAACAGGGUGGCGGCAGCGGUGCCGGCAGUAGCAGUGGCGCGGGGGCUGGCGGCGGUGACGCCCUGCCGCCAGUGGUCAGCCCCUUUGCGUUCGUGUCCUUGCCUGGGUCGGUGCUGGCGCCGCCGCCGCCGCCGCGCCGGCUGACGCCGCACUCGGCGUACCUGUCCUUCUGGGCCUUCCACCACUACCGCUACACGCCCUCCCAGGCCGGCGCCGCCGCCGCCGGGCCGCUGCUGCUUCACACGGCCCUGGGCGGCACCGGCGGCGCCGGCCUGCGGCCCGGCCACUCGCAGGGGCUGCUGGGCGCGCGGCAGCGCUGCCGGCUGCUGCGGUCGCUACUGCUGUGCUUCCGCGGCGUGCAGCACCAGCUGCGCGCGCCGCACCGCGGCUGGGCCUCCCUGUUUGUGGGGUGGGAGGAGCUGGGCUCGGGCGAGCUGUUGGCGCUGCUGCAAGACAUGGCGGUGCUGGCACGGCUGCGGGCACGAGGCGGCAGUAGCAGCAGCACAAGCGGCGACGGCCGCAGCAGUGCGGGUGGCGGCAGUGUCGGCGGCGGUGGGUUGGGUGCCGAGGCAGAGAGCCGUGCUGGCGCCGGGGGGGCGGGUGCGGGCAUGGCGUCUCGUAUGGGCGGAACCUACACGUGGGACGAGGCUGCGGACGUGCUGGGUGCGGACACGUGGUGGUGCGCCGGUGGCGACGCCGCUGACGCCGCUGACGGCGCAAGCGGGGGCGAGCACGGGCAGGCGGCGGCGCCACCGGCUGGAGCAGGAGCGGCAUCCGGGCUCGGCAGUGGCAGUAGCAGCAGUAGCAGUGGUGACGAAAUGGCAGCCUCGUUCGCGCGCUUUCUGCGUGAGUCAGCCGCCGGCCACGGUCGCACCGGCGGCGGCAGCAGCAGCAGCAGCGGCCGUGGCGCAGGAGGCGGCGCGGCGGCGCUGCAUGUGCAGCUAAGCACGCUCGCAGCGUUCGUGUUGCAACUGCCGGGCUGGCCGGAGCGAUUCAGCGGGCUAGACCUUCCUGCGGCCGCCGGCUCGCUCGCGUCGCUGCUCGAGAUCCUGUGGUCCGACCGGCCGGCCGCCGCCGCCGCCGCCGCCUCGACGGCGCCUGGCGCCGCCGCGGCGGCGGCGGGCUCUGCGGCUGCGGCGGCUGUGGAUGCGGAGCGGCAGCUGGUGGCGGACACCUUGGCUGACUGGCUGUCACGACUCAUGCCGGUGAUUGAGGGCGGCGUGCGGGAGGCCACAGCUCAGGACUGGGGCAGCGCCGGCGCCGGUAGCAUUGCUAGCAGCAGUAGCAUUGGCAGCGUCGCCAGUGCCAGUAACAGCCUGGACGAGCGGCAAUUGCCGGGCCUCCUGCCCUCGACGCCCCCGCCGUCGCCGUCGCCCGAGCGGCUGGCGCCGCCGGCCCAUGCGCGCGGCCUGACGGCGGCGGAGGUGACGGCGACGCUGAUGGCUUUGAGCGGCACGGCGGCGGCGCUGGCGGCGGCGCGGGGUCACGCGGUGCUACACCGGCAGCUGAUGUGGGCGGUGCAGCGGCUGGGCUCACGGGCGGCGCGCUUCGCGCCGCAGCCGGCCAGCUUCGCGCGGGUGCCCGAGAUGCUCAUGCGGCUUGACUCUCUGGGCUGGGUCUCUGCGCCGCUGGAGUGGGCGGACGCAGUGGUGGACGCGCAGGCAGCCGCCAGCGGCCGCAGCAGCCUCGGCAGCGGCAACAGCGGCGGCCUCAAUCCCGGCAGCGGCAGCAGCGGCGGCCGUGACGUCUGCGCGCCCUGGUUCCGGCGGCUGGCGUGGCGCGAGGCGCUGCGGUGCGUGCUGGCGUGCGGCCGCCUGGUGGACCGCGCCCGCGCCGAGGUGCUGCGCCGCCACGGCGACUCCCUGCUGCUGACGUCAGCAACCGCCACAACCGCCACAACCGCCACAACCAUCACCACGAUGGCAACCACAGUGGCAGUGGCAGCAACGCCGUUAGCAGCAGGCUCUGGGGAUGCGGCCGUCCCAUGGAGCACAGAGCCGGCAGGGGUGGCUGUGGCAGAAGCGGCGGCGGCUGCGCCGCCGCAGCCGCCGCCGCCGCCUGCGGCGCGGCCCUCUCGGGCUGAGGCGACGCUGGCGGCGACGUUGCGGCUGCGGAGCCACCUGCUGUCGAAUUUGGCGGCGCGCGCGGGCGGUGCCACCGCUGGCGAGCUGCGCCAGGCCGCCGCCACGUGGCAGGUGUACGGGUUGCCGUACGACCGCGAUGCGAUGGCGGCGCUAUUGGGGGCAAUGGCGGCGGCGGCGCCCGUGCGCCCGGACAACAGUGGGGAUGCGGGCUGGGAGGGAGGCGGCUCGGCGGCUGGAAUGGGAGCAGGAGCGGCGGCGCCGCUGCGGGAUGGCGUGGCGCGUCUGCUUGCGGUGUGUCAAGCGGCGCGGGCGCCGGCUGAAGAGAUGGAGGCGUUGUUUGGCAGGCUGGGUAGCGCAGAGUGGUGAGGAUGGAGAAACCUUGAAGCAGCGUUGAUGUAUGUGCACUUGCUCUGUGAUUGCAUACCGUAUCUUUGGGCAGCCAAGUGCUCUGGCUUGUUAGAGAGGAAUACCGGUGGCAAGUGUUUGGUGUCAAGUCUCAGUUGUUAGACCUGAUACGGUAGGUCCUGAAUAAUCGAGGUCUGACAUCAGUUGAAAGCAGUCGCAUAGCAGGCACAUUCGCUGACGUCACUGGUCAUACGGUACACGAGUGUGGCCUGCAAAGUGUUGAGAGCCCACCGAGAGACGCGUGUUGCGGAGCGAGGUUGUCGGGAGAAUGGUGCGUCAUACUUGCGAGAUGAGGGUCAUCACCGGGAUUUUACUUACCUGCCUGCAAAGUUUUUUUGCCGUUUUGCCGUUUUGCAGUGACAGACUCGGAUCGAUUGUACGCAGGGGGGGUGCCCCCAGGGGUACGUACCCAGGGGUGUGUACCCAGGGGUAUGUACCCUGCCUGAUGUAUCAUUAUAGUAUGUUUGUAGAGGGCUAAGUGCGAGAUGCAUGGUUUCGCGGCUUUUGUACGGCGAGCGGGUUGGGCGUGGUGAGUGCAGUCUUAAACUCACUGUACAGUCGAAGCUGGUCACGACUUGAUGCGGCACAGUGCCGCAACAGCAGUAGUGUAGGAUGACGGAAGCCAUCAGUUGAGUGCGCGGACGGCGGACUGUCACGAAGCCCCUCUGGCGGCAGCGGUGGCUGAAUGGCGCGCGUGAGGGCCCCGGGAGUGGCUCCCCUGCUUAUGCUGCUGCACUUCGCAUUGUCGGCGUCAAGUCAUGUGCGGUAUGCGUUGUGCAGCUGGCGCAUGCUUGCGGCAACAGUAGUGGGCGAGUGAGGCCUGGCGACGGGAUAAGUCCAUCACACUGAUCCGCGUGCCUACAGCUUGGUUUGAGUCUUGAGGCGAGUUUGUGCGUUACCGCUGUGUGGGUCCGUGCGCUGUCAUUAUACGUAAGGUAAUCGGCCCUUGCUUGAGCGGCUCGGGCUCGGAGCUACCGGUACUCAUCACUCAUUUGCGACACCCCUCCCUUCCUCCUGCACUGCAAUCUUCCACUUGCAAAUGGUGGCGGGUGGAGGCGGGGUGUCGGGCGGGGCACCCCUGCGUGCCGGGCGUACGGCAUACAAGGACGCAACGCCGCUGUACAGUGUCUGGCCGCUGGCCUGGCAUGGAAGUUCAAUGCCGUUCAGCGGCCUACCUGCAGCCGCCAGCAGCCGUAGCGUGGGUGCAAGUUCCGUUUGCUCU